UGCCGUAUAGAAACACGGUUGAUAGUAUUGUAUUAUUUGUCAAAAUCAAUAAUAUAAUCAAUCAUGUUUAAAAUAACUGUGUUGUUUUGUUUUUUAUUAGGCUAUUUUGGGAAAUUUCAUGUAAUUGAAUGUAGUACAGAUUCGAUUCCAACAGAGAUAUUUCAAACAUUAAAUGAGUAUGAACGGGGCGUGUUUUACAGAUAUUUUCUAAAGCAUGUAACAGAUCUUUUAACUUACGAAAUUGACGAUCCAACACCUAAACAACUUGAACUUUUCGAGACGAUUCCAGAUAAAAUUGAAUUCGCUGGUAAAUUAUAUACAUGGAUUUUAGAACAAGUUGCAGACAAUUUGGGAACAUUAAUUGAACAUUCACGCAUUCAAGGUGUUGAUAUUAAGCCACGUAUUGACAAAGGUCCUGUUAAAUACAUAUGCUUUGAGAAUGGAGUCUGUGUCGAUAUAGAUACUCUUCCUAGCACAUGUUGUGAAUUUUCUGCAGUGGAUAAAUAACUUUAAAUAGUGUUU